AUGUUUUUCCUUCCUACACCAACUUCGUCGACCCUAAGAAGUCUCGCAAUAACUUAUGGAAUUAUAACAACUCUUCUUUUAACCGUUGAAAUAAUACAACGAACUUAUAAAAUACCUGUUCAUGUUUCUCACCCGUUAGAAGGAGCUACACUUGGUACUGUAUAUUUUGCAUUUUCAACCGCUUUCCUGUUUGGAUGGUUUCACGAAGGUUGGGAAAACGGAUUCCCGUGUGGACGCGCAUAUCUUGCAAUCGCUGGAUUAAUGGCCAUGACAUUUGGCGACGCGUUUGCCAGUAUAAUAGGCAAAACAUAUGGAGCACGCAAAUAUCGAGUUAUAGGAGAUUCUCGUGGGCGUAAAACUAUUGAAGGUUCACUAGCAAAUUUUAUUGCUACUUUGAUUUCGGUGUUCGUCUUUUGGUGGAUAAUGACUCCUCCCGCUUUCUCAACUUGGGAUUACUUUACUGGAGCUUUAGUUGCAGCAAUUACUAGCACUUGUUUUGAAGCGAUAAGUCCAAUGGGGAGUGAUAAUAUAACCGUUCCAUUAGGGGUAGCCUUUACUUUAUCUUUCCUAGGUUAUUGA